GGAAAUGGGACAAGCUAAAAUAGAAAAAAAGACAGAGAGAGAUAUUGACUUGAAUUGAAUGAAUCUAAUUAGGCGCACUGUAGCUUUUUUUGGUUUAACCGAUGACAAAAGUAGCAAAAAAUUUGAAAAACAGUGCAGAAAAUCAAGGUCCGAAACUUUUAAUAAUUUGUAAUAAGACUGCAAAUUAUCUGCAUUGGAGCAAGAAAAUCUCCCUGCAUUUUACUUUCCCCUUUUUCCUUUCGAUUUUCAAAACCCACCACCAAUUCUUUUACAGCCCCCCACUUGCAGAAAAAAUCUAUAAAAUGGGAAGAAAAAAGCUGAAGUCUUUAGUUUGAGAGAAGAAAAUCCUUGCUGCUCGGCACCACCACGUGUUGAUUUCAGGGGAAAAUGGUUGCCGGGAAGUCGCCGGAGUGGCUUCCUUCCGGUUUUACUGAGAAGGUGAAGUACAAGAAUGGGAACAAGAUUAAGUACUACUACAAUGAUGCAACGGGCACAAAAUAUUAUUCAAAGAAAGAUGUAUUAAGUUGUGCUACAGCCGAAAAUGGGCUCAUUGGUACGCCUCAAAGUCAAAUAUCAAAUGGAGACAAGGAAAUCUCCUCUAAUGGCAAAGUUGAAGCUGAGUUGGAUACAACAGAUGAUUCACCAAAAUGGUUGCCUGAUGGAUGGAAAAUGGAGGAGAAAAAACGACAAAGAGGUCCACGCAAGGGAUCAGUGUACAAGGUAUAUACUGAUGUGUCAUCUGGAAACAUAUUUUAUUCGAGGGUAGCCGUCACUCGAUACUUGAAUUCCCAAAAACAUGCUGUCACCAUGACCACACAAACUAAAAGUGACAAUGCUGAUACUAUAUCUCCAAGCAUGUCUCAAUCAUGCACGUCCAUGACAAAUACAGAUGAAAUUCACAAAGAGAAAAAGGAGGAGAGCAACACAAUGACUAGUAAAGUGGACGAAUCAUCUACAAAUGGCCUAUCCAUCACAAACAUAAGUGUCAUUCAAGAAGGAAAGGAAGAGAGCCCUUCUAAGACGCUUGACAAAGAGGACAAACAAUCUCCACUCAUAUCUCCACAAAGCCUGUCCAUGACAAAUCCUGGUAGUAGCACUCAUGGAAAGAAAAAGAAAUCCAACUCUUUCAUACCGAUUGCCUCUGAAAGCUCUGCAGCUGAUGACCUGCCUUCAGGCUGGAUAAAAGAAAUCAUAACAAGUAAAUGUGGGAGUAAAAUUAGAAAGGAUCCGUACUAUAUCGACCCAAUCAGUGGCUACAUGUUUCGUUCUAAACCAGAUGCAAUGCGGUUCAUUAAUACCAAUGAUAUUCGUUACUGUGCUAUCAGACCAAGAAAAAGGGAGUCGAGUGAGAUGAAUCUGGUCAAGAAUGAAGUCCAGUCUUCAAGUGCUGCUCACGAGAAAUUACCAGAACACCCCCAACGACCUUUUGCCGGUGGAGAAUCGGACGGAUCCAAUGUAUUUAUGUAUCCAGCAAAUUCAGACACCAAAUUACCGAACGACACAAUCAGUGACAACAAUGGCACUGCCGAACCCGAAAAUAAAGCAGCUCCUGAAGAAAAACCCGAGCAGCAGACUCCCAAGUCCUCCGAGACAGAAAAAAAACAAACCGAGAAAAAACCUCGGUCAAACCCAAAAAACCCCAGAAAAAGAAAAGAUCCAAUCUUUCCUUCACGGGCCUCGAAGAGGCUCGCUGGCACUGAACCCGACCCUCCGCCACCCAAUUCUGCUUCAGCCACUGAAGAAGCUAAUAAUAAUUCCCAAAAUACCCCUGCUAAUAGUAUUCCUCCAUUUUCUGAAACUCCAAAAGAAACCGAAAAUCCUCCAAAUGGGACCACCGAAAAUCCUCCGAACGAGGCCCCGGUUUUUCCAGAAGCAAAAACCGAGGCCAAGGCUGAAGAGAAUAAUAAUAAUAAUAAUAAUAAUAAUAAUAGCAAGCAAGAAUCGAAGCUUUUUUUGGAUUUUGGCGAUUCUUGGUCUGACCCGUUGGAAUUUGCGCUCAAGACUCUAAAGGGUGAGAUCUCGAUUGACGAUACAUUGGCUGCAUUCCCGGGCUGCUUCAACAAGAAUCUCGGUGUACCUUACAAUAACAAUAGUAACAAUAAUUUGUUGGAUGGAAUCUUUGGACCAACAGAGACUAAAUCCAGUUUGCCCGACAUUUUACGAAAUGACGAAAUUGCCCCCAGCUGCGGAUCUUCCGGGCAGCAAGGUGCGGCGGAGCAGUUGCCGGUAAAUUCGUCUGCCUUUGGAAAUACGAGCUUACCACCGGGUUUUGGCGGCUUCAAUGGUCAACCGAGCUGCCAGGAUGGCCAGACAAAGUUUGACUUUAACCGUUAG